ACAGACUCAUUAGCUUACUGCUCAUCACUUUCACUGCCUCUGUUACCACCGUCACUGCUAUCUCAGAGUCAGAGUCUUCUUGCUGCUGCAGUUUCCCUUUCUAGGGCCAUGAUGUCUAAGUUUGUGUCUUGCAAAGAACCUGAACAGAUGCGGAAAAUCUUUAUUGGUGGGUUGAGCUUUGAAACAACUGAUGAAAGUCUGAGAAGCUAUUUUGAACAAUGGGGAACACUCACAGACUGUAUUGUAAUGAGAUAUCCAAAAUCCAAGCGCUCCAGAGGUUUUGGGUUUGUCACAUAUGCCACUGUGGAGGCAGUGGAUGCAGUCAUGAAUGCAAGGCCACACAAGGUAGAUGGAAGAUUUGUGGAACCAAAGAGAGCUAUUUCAAAAGAAGAUUCUCAAAUACCUGGUGCCCACCUAACUGUGAGAAAGAUUUUUGUUGGGGGCAUCAAAGAAGACACUGAAGAGCAACAUCUAAGAAAAUAUUUUGAGCAAUUUGGGAAUAUUGAAAUGGUUGACAUCAUAACUGACCAAGAGAGUGGGAAGAGUAGAGGUUUUGCUUUUGUGACUUUUGAUGACCAUGAUUCUGUAGACAAGAUUGUUAUUCAAAAAAAUCAUAUUGUGAAUGGCCAUAACUGUGAGAUAAGAAAAGCCUUAUCUAAGCAAGAGAUGGUUAGGGUUUCAUCCAGCCAAAGGGGUUCAGGUGGUUCUGGAAGCUUUAGUGGCAGCCAUGGUGGUAAUUUUAGUGGAAAUCCCAACUUUAUUUAUGGAGGAAGCUUCUGUGGACAAGGUGGAUAUGGUGGCAGUGAAAAUGCUGGUGUAUAUAGUGGCAGUAGGUUUGAUUAUCAUGGAUCUGGUGAUUAUGGAACCAAUUUUCUAAGUGGUACUUACAAUAUUCCAUAUUCACAUUUUGGACCCAUGAAGAGAGGAAAAUUUGGUGGCCCAAACUCAGGUCCCUAUGGUUGUUACGGCCAACACUUUUUGAGGACAAGUAACAAAGGUCGCUAUCGAGGUUCCAGAAGUGGCAGGAAGUUUUAUUUGCCAAGAAAUCUUAACAGGAGAGGAAAGCCAGAGAAGUGAAUGGGAAGUUACAGGUU